UUAAGAGCAAUUAGAUCGCAUCCGUCUUCGUGAUGACUGCUGUGUCCACACACUCCACAAACUAGAAUUAUUCACAUUGCGUGUAUAAAUGUCCGUACGACGAUUUACGUCGAGACUGCACUAUGCCAACUUCUCAGCCAACCAUACAUGGCCGCUGGAGCUUUGCGUUUUUUUUGAUAAAACGACAACAUUUUUAUUGAGUUUGAUGUCAAAUGCAGAAUUUCUAAGACUUAUUGAGCAUACCUCAUAGAUGUGCACAUUUCAUACCAAUAUCUUCUAAUAGUGCUACCUAGGUUGAAGUAUUCAUAUUUGUGAACCGAACAAAUAACUACUCAAAUAAAUUACCAAGUUACAAAACUUGCUUAUGUGAUACCUAUAGAAUGGCUCCUAUAUGUACAAGAUUUGGUUGACUUAACCGGUAUUUAUACAUAUUAUAAGAGUAAAAUUAUAAAAUACGUUAAAAAUGUUAAAAUUGUAGCAAGCUUUAUCUUCGGUUUUAUUAUGGCUGCCAACUCGCGGGCCUUUUUGCUUGUAGCAGACGUCGUUAUGUCUGUAAUGUUUACAAACUUUAUCUCUGUUUCUAUGCUGCCAAGAAAUUGCAUGUUAGGUCUGUUCAACAGGGCAGGUGGACCUUUUGUCUAGUAGUUAAUUUUGUGCUGCAAAAUUGAUAAUGGGAAAAGGCUACAAUAAUUUCAUGUGUAAAAAGGAUUUUCAUCCUUCGUCUAUAGAAAACCUCAAAAGAGUCUGGAAGGCGGAGCAGGCUGCAGAGGCCGAAAAGCGCAAACAGGAAGACCUCAAAGCUCAAUAUGAGAAAGAACAAAAUCUCUACAAUAAUAGGUCAAUGGUGUCAACGGAAUCGAAAGGAAAGCUUUCCUUAAACUUCAUGUAUGACGCCCCACCAGGUCUCAAAAGAGAACAGAAGGAUGAAGGUGAUAAAGCUGAACCCCGUUUCGAAUGGCAGAGAAAAUAUCAAGCUCCUCGAGAAAGCUGGGCCAAAGGUAACAGGGUUGUCACGUAAUCCAAGACAUGUGCACUUUAACAAUGUGGCAAUUAGUGAUGGCUAAACUAAAACUCUAGAAUCAGACCUCGAGGUGCAGAAAACGUGUAUGAAAUCAGGGUAAUUUAGCCAAGUUGUCUACUUCAGGACGAUAUAGUUAUCCUGUUUAAUUUCGCUUUCGAAUACUCCGACUGAUCUUAGUGCAAGGAAGAAUUUGGUUAAAAAAACGCAUUUUACUUGGGCCGAACUACUGAAGGGAAACGGCAGGUUGCAAUAAGAGAUUUGGUGAAGGCUUAGUUAGAAGUCAAUUUAUUGCGGACAGAGGUAUUGGUCUACUCGUUCAUCAAAUGGGAAUCAGUUAGAUUUGCUAAAUUUGGAGCUAGUGGUGCCGUAAGCUAAAUACUAAAAAUUCGGUAAUCAGAAUUGUUCAAACACGUAUUCCUAGAUUGGUAUAAAAUAGGCAGUUUCUUUCAACAUACCAAUAUAGCUCACCUUAGUGAUGAAAUAUACAACAUGCAUUUGUCGGACUGUGCACCAGGAUUGUUUAGGGUUUGUUCUCUGCGUUAGUAAU